UCUGAUUCGCUUAUUCUCUUUCUGAUUAAUUAAUCUGGAUAAAUAUGUUACGUAUGUAAAAAUAAAAUGAUAGGUAAAAAUACAACGCAGUUACAGAAACUGUAUGUAGACCACUUCAGGCCACUUACAAUUACAUUGACGAGGGACUUUUAACUUAUACAGUAGGAAUUUUCAGAUGUAUGUAACUCUUUCUAGGCAUAUUUUUAUCAGCUUUCAUUUUUAAUUAUUAAUUCGAAAUGGCAACAUCUACAUUAAUACAAGAAUCGUCUGAAAGAAAAAAGGUGAAGAAAAAACUGAGCAAGGCACAGGUGCAGUUAGCGAUAAUUAAAAAAAAGAAAUGUGAUGCUAAGGCUCUUGCAAUUGUUGAACUGCUCUUAGAACCUAACAUUGAUGAUCAAUGGCUUUUGCAGAAUUUAAGGUAUAUUAACAAGUGUCAUAUGGAAGACGUGAUUGAAGAAAGGGCUGUCAUUAAAUUAUGUGGUUAUGUACUAUGCUCGAAUGCAUUGGUAGUAGUCAUUAAUCAACAAUACCAUAUUUCCACGAAACGAAAUAAAGUCUAUGAUGUGACACGACGUAAAAACUUCUGUAGCUCGCGCUGUUAUGGUGCAUGUAAUUAUCUUUUGGAACAAAUGCUGACAAGCCCUCUCUGGCUAAGAGAUAAAGAAGAAAUACCAAAUUUUAAACUUUUGCCAGCUAAAGAUGUUUUGCAGAGAAGUAUUCCUGGAGAUGAAAUUCAGGUAAUGGAUACAACUGCAAUAGUAAAUCCUAAGAAUGAAAAUAAUAUAAAUUGCAAUGCAACGUGUACAAAUUUGGAAGAAAUCGAAAUUAAAAAAGCUCUAACUAACAAGUGUUCAAUAACUCAAGCAGAUAAUAAAUCUGAUAUAAUAGUUAAUAAUGACAUAAACAUUAACACCACAGAAAUAAGUAGUAAUAGUGAAAUUUAUGAAGAUCAACUUUUGAGAGAUUCUGUUGAAAAUUGUGACGAUACAGAAGGUGAAUUAUAUAGUUUAAAAGAUACAACUGAUGAUAUAAAACAGUCUUCAACUGAUAUGGCUAAAUCUGAACUUAUUUUACAAAAUGAUAUUACAAUGAAUAAUAUAAAAAUUCAAAAUAAAAAUGAAUCGCGUACGGACAUUAUUUAUAAAAGUCAAACUGAGAAUAAUAUUGAAGUUCAAAAUGAACUAACAAACACAUUAGUAACAACAUGUAACACAGCUGCUGUUGAAGAAAACACACUUACUAAAGAUACAAAUGAUUUAGAAAAUGUAGAAAAGUAUAGAUCCAAGAAGCACAAACAGAAAGAUCGUAUUAAAGAGAAGCAAGUACAUGAGUUUUAUAAUUUAGCAAUGCACAUUGAACAGAACAUAAAAGAAUGGAUUAGUGAAGAUACCAUUACUUUACUAUCAGGGGACGAAGAAAUAAAAAAUAAAUUAUUAGAGAAUAUAACCCAGCAUGACAAAUAUCUACACUUGUGUAAAAAAUUAAGUAAAUUGCAACUGGAAGAUGAAAAAGAGGAUGAAGAUUUAAUGAAAAAUACUCUAAAACCUAUGCCGCAUUUGUCUAUUCUUCAAGAAGAAGGGAAGAAAAUGGAAUUAAAAGUAAAAGCAUAUCUCAAAGGAGAUAUGGUUAUAGAAACACCUGAACAAACUAACGAAAGUAUAGAACAGAAUGAUGAUUUUACUGCUGUUUUGCCAUUAACAGAUGCACAUGAUCCUAAAGCGCUUCGACGUCGAAUCUUUUUGGAUAAACUUUAUAGAAUAUUACCAGAUUUGUUACGAGCAUUAGUUGGUAGUAGAAUCUCACAAUACGUUUACAUUAAUGAAAAAAGUGGUUUGGUUAAAGCAUUAGUCAACACUUUUUCAUUAUCAGCCAAAAAUAUUAUUUUUAAAACUGCCGAAUGGACACUUGUAGGUCUUAUCAUUAUAAAAAUGUUGAGCAUGAUAGAUCCACAAUUACAAAAUUUACUAUUAACUAGACAGGCGUCGAUGUACAUUUCAAUGAUCUUAAUGUCAUAUAAACUGGAUUCCAAUUAUCUAGACAGAUUAGUAAUGGAGCUAACCAAUGUUACAAAAGUAAUUGAUGCAGAUGAUAUCAAAACCUGUUAAUCUCCUUAAAAUUAUUUACAUCAUUAGCAUUUUAACGUGUGUAACGCUUACUUUAGGAGUUUUCGAAUGGUAUUAUUACUGUACAAUUAAUAUAACCGUUUUUAUAUUUACCGAAUAAUGGAAGUAAAAUGAAAAUAGAAAAUACAUAUUUUCAUGUUAUUUUUUACAGUCGUAUGAAAAUAUAAAAUUUGUAUUACGUUUGAAUUCGUGAUUUUCGUAUGAUGAAACAUGUACAGAGUAGAUUAUAUUCUGCUUUGUAAGACAAAUUAUUAGACCGGGUUUAUCAAUGUUCUAUGUAUUAAACCUUGAAUUCUGCGAUUUUUACAAUGAAGAUGGUGUGGGGACACCAGUGAGAGGUGAAGGUGGGCAAUCAAGUCCUAAUGUAUCUAUUUGUGGAGUCGUUGCUAAUUGAUCCUCUGUAGAACGGCUUCCAAUUUUUUCACGUAAAGCCUCAUAGAGAUUAUGUACAGCUUCAUUAUGCUUAAAGAAUAAAAACAAUAGAAUGAGAGUAUAUAUUUAACAUUUACGAUAUAAUGAGAGUAUAUACAUAUAAUAUGUAUACGUAAUACUCUUAUAAUAUUUCUAAAAAGAGUAUAAAGAUACCUGACUAGUUGGUUGAAGUGCUUUCAUUAAUGUGUGUAAUCGUGUUGGUGGCAAUUUUGGAUAAAUAUACCAAAGCAAUUUUAGUAAAUGUCGUGUAACAUUAUCUCUUGCAAGACCUGCUAGGAAAAAUUCGUCAAAUAUAACUGUACAGAAUGACUCAUUUGAAAAUUCAUCAGCCAUGUUUAGUAUUAGCAAUGACACCUGUGAAACCAUAUGAAAUAUUUUACCAUCAUAUUUGAUUACAAUUGUAAUACAUGAAACAUAUUUCAAAAGUA